UCGGAAUCAGAAUCAGAAUCGGAAAAUUGAGAUCGAUCAUGAACGCGGAGAGCUUGUUGACUUCAGCUUCGAUAAACAUAGGUUUCGCUCUUCUGAUCCUCACCCUCUUCUCCAUACUCAGAAACUCCCCUUCAAACGCCCCCAUCUACUACGCCCGCCGCCUCUCUCAGCACCGCCGCCUCUCCUUCCUCCUCCGCCGCUUUCUCCCCUCCGUCGAGUGGAUCCGCCUCUCCCUCUCCGUCACCGACGACGAGAUCCUCGACACCAGCGGUCUCGAUGUAUUGAUCUUCAUCCGCCUCUUCAAAUUCGGGAUAAAUUUCUUCUUGGUUUGCUCUGUUAUUGGAUUGUUAUUACUGCUUCCACUUAACUAUAUCGCCGGCGAAGGAGGGCCGUCUCGUCGUUCGCAUUCGAUGGAUGCUUUCACAAUAUCCAACAUUGCCAAUGGCUCCCACUGGCUUUGGGUGCACUUUUUGUGCUUGCAUUUCGUGUCUUGUUACGGAUUAUACCUACUCUACAAGGAAUACAAAGAUAUAUUAGUGAAGAGAAUUAAUCAGCUGCAUAUUAUGAGGCAUCAGCCAAAUCAAUUCACCGUUUUAGUUCGAGAAAUUCCGUUAUGCGACGAACACAAGGCUCGUGAUUGCGCUGUCGAUCACUUCUUCUCGAAAUAUCAUCCACACUCUUAUAAGUCUUUUCAAAUACUAUACGAUGGAAAAGAGCUCGAUAAAUUAUUGGUAACGUUUGCGAGUCUUUUAUUUUUUAUUUUUAUGUUUCUAAUUAAUGAGGCGAAGUCUAUUACAAGAAAAAUCGAGGAUUUGAGGCAUCGUUCGAUGACUAAACAAAACAGAGUUGCCCCUCAUGCAGAAAUCGAGCAACUGAAGGAAAUACUUGAAGAACUUGGACGUAGAAUACGUAAUACACAGACUAAAGAACAGCUUCAAUCAAAGAGGUCAUAUUUUCGAGUACUUUUUAAUAUUUCAUGUCUCGGUUUUUUGCAGGAAUUGCCCGUUGCUUUCAUCACAUUCAAAUCGCGAUGGGGUGCUGCUUUAGCAGCACAAUCUCAGCAAACAUCGAACCCUUUAUUAUGGAUAACCGAAAUAGCUCCAGAACCAAGAGAUGUAUUAUGGAAUAAUUUAUCAAUUAAAUAUAAAUACUUACCCCUUCACAAAUUUGGUGUCUACGUGGCAGCUUCCCUACUCACAAUCUUCUUCGCCGUACCGGUGACAGCUGUCCAAGGAAUCGCGAAAUUCGAACGGCUUACAAAAUGGUUUCCUCCCGCAAUGGCUGUGCAAUUGAUACCUGGAUUGAGGUCGAUUGUGACGGGGUAUAUUCCGAGUGUUAUACUCAACAGUUUUGUGUACAUUGUACCAUUUGCAAUGAUGGGAAUGGCGAAUUUAGGCGGUUAUGUAUCAAGGAGUAGAAAGGAUAUAAAAGCAUGCAAUUUGGUUUUUUAUUUUCUCGUCGGAAAUGUUUUUUUCCUAAGCCUUUUAUCGGGAUCUUUAUUGGAUCAAAUCGGGGAAUCUUUUAGCCAUCCGAGGGAUUUUCCUAGUCGACUCGCUAGUGCUGCUUCUGCUCAAGCGGAUUUUUUCAUGACGUACAUUUUGACAAACGGGCUAUCGGGAUUUUCGUUGGAGAUUCUUCAGCCUGGAUUGCUUAUAUGGGAUACGAUAAAGUCACACACGUGGGACCGUGAGAAGAAAAAACGGCCUUAUCUUUAUUCCCUACCUUAUUAUCGAAUCAUUCCUUUCGUCGCUCUCUGCAUUUUAAUCGGCAUGGUGUAUGCAGUUGUCUCGCCUUUGCUUCUACCAUUUCUUGUAGGCUACUUCUGCCUAGGCUAUGUCGUCUUCGUAAACCAGAUUAGAGAUGUGUAUAUAACUACUUACGAAACGUGCGGUCAAUAUUGGCCUUAUAUUCAUCACUACAUUGUGGUUGCAAUUGUGAUCAUGCAAAUUACGAUGAUUGGUCUUUUCGGAUUAAAGUCGAAACCUUUGGCUGCUUUUUCUACAAUACCUCUAGUGGUUUUCACUUUGCUCUUCAACGAAUACUGCAAGAUUCGUUUCCUUCCUACGUUUUACCAGUGCUCGGUUAAGGUAAAAUGUGUUUUUAGCUUUCUAAUUUCAAGAGGAAGCUAUAUAUCUAAUUUAGAGAAUGCUAUUGAUGCCUAUAGCCCACCUUGUUUGCGGGCUCCGGAUAUUGAUGACGUGGAAUCGGGUUCGUUGGAGCCAUUAAUAUCUCCCACGUGA